AUGCAUUUCAUCAAGACUGUCGUCUCUCUUUUCGCCCUCUCCAGCUUCGCUGCCGCGCAGUAUGCUGACGAUGAGUACGCUGGCCUUUCCCGCCGCCAGCUUGCUGAGAUCGCCCAGGAGGAGUACCUCGCCGCUCGUGACGAGUACAUUGAGAAGCGCGAUCUCUUCCUCCGUGCUGGUCCUAUGGGCACUUGCCAGUACUUCCCCAAGACCAAGGGAAAGUCUAAUAAGGAAGAGGUUUAA